CCAUAAGAGGAAAGCCAAACUCAAGCCAUUCCGCCAAAGUCAAAGAACAUAGUAGACGACAGAGAAGCUGCGCUCAUGGAGUUUGAUGCUUUUUGGCCGUUGGAUCCGAUUCACUUUCCUUCUAAUCCCACGUCCCCUCCUUUGUUCUCGUCCACUGACCAGCCCUGUUCUCCUUUAUGGGGUUUUCCUGAUGGUGAUGCUAAUAAUGAUGAUAAGUUCGCUGGACAAGUUGAUCAAGCUCUUUCUGACCGUCCUCAAUUCAGUUCCUGUAUUCCUGAUCCGGGAAGGGAAAUACCAAGAGAGAAUGAGGACAGAAGAAUGCUUACAUCCCCCUUUUUGGGACUGGAACCUGUUGAAAAUCCUGAAGCUUAUUGCUUAAUUAAAGAGAAGAUCACUCAAGCUCUGAGACAGCUCAAGGAAUUGACUGACCAACAUGUUCUAGCUCAGGUUUGGGCACCAGUGAAGAAUGGGGGUCGGUAUGUGCUCACAACUUCAGGGCAACCCUUUGUUCUUGAUCCUCAUACUAAUGGACUUCAUCAGUAUAGGAUGGCUUCUGAGGUUGAUAAAGUUUGAUAAAGUUUGCAAAGCACCUGAGGUUGGUAAAGUUUGCAAAGCACUUGAGGCAGUAAGUCUGAAACGUUCAGAUAUAUUGGAUCAUACAAGCAUGCAGUUGAGCUGCAAUAACAAUGUGUGCCUAAUUUG